AUGUGUCGCAUGAGCUGUGCGGAGGGGAAAGAAGUACUCGAACGUAUCCAACUCACGCAACCCGACAAACUCUAUGCCCUAGACUGCAUUAAACGAACCCUUACGGAUCAUCAAACCACCGAGGGCACAGAAUAUAUUUUGAGUGCAUUCAACUCCGAAGAGGACAAAAUCAAGGCGCUCCAUCGACUCACAGCGAUUUCGACAUAUGCAAACGAGGAUCUAGCUGCUGGAGGUCACUUGUUAUACGGUCCUGUUGGAUCACUCAGUGGACAAAGCUUCCCUCUCUCUGAACACAUGUACGGUCCAGUGCAGCAACAACUGGAAGCUCGAGAGGUGAGAUAA